UUUGUGCUGUCUUAAAUUACCACAUGAUGUCACUGUUGCUCAACAUUUUACGCAUUUUCAAGGGCUUACUUGAAGAAAAUUACUUUAAACACCACAAGGCAUAGACACCGUUUACGUUCCCUCAAACUCGUUUUUGAUUGGUCGAUUUUUAAUCUCCCCUUUUCGAAAAUAUAUAACUAAAAUCAGACGUAUUACGUCAAUGAAGUCUUCUCCACUUGAUCCUACUUUGUCUAUAGAAGUGUUGAAAACAAACAAACAAACACUCACACACACACACACACACACACACACACACACACACACAUGCGCAAGAAAGUCUUCCUUCUCCUUUUUCACUAGGAAGUGAGGCACAUGACCAGGGGCAGCUGAUGUCAGAGUUUCAUACUGUGCAAAGUUUAGCGAUUAGGAGGCAUGUCUCAGCCGGCCACUCACUGAGUGCUGCGACAUGGGAAGGCAGAGGAAAACCUUCUGUCCAGCCAUACGUCUACGUACACAAGCCUUAGCAAAGACUUGAGAUGCCACCCACCAAACAACAGGAGCCAGUUGGAGAAAUGGACAGAAUCAAUAAGGAGAACGGGGAACUUAGUGUGUCAGGGGAGAGUUCAGAGAGCAUAGAAGUUAAAACUACACAAAUCCAAAGUGAGACAAAUGGGGACCUGAAAGCACAUGAGGAUCCAGUGGUGCUUCUGAAAGAUCAACUAACUCAGCUGAGUACUAUAAGCCAACGGACACCAGAACAAAGAGACCAAGAGCUCAACAGCCUUCUGCUUCUGUUCAUCCAGGUCUCAGAGAGCAGCAGUGUCCUUGAUGAUCUGGACCUCCAGGGCUUGGCGCUGAAGGUUGGAGAAGCUCUUGUCUGUCACAUACAGCAGAGAGUGGCAGAAAAGCCUGCAGAAGAAGCCCGGUAUGAAUUGGAGCAGUUGUUUCAGAGGUCAGAGGUCAGAAGCAACCAAGGAUGGCUUCUGCUCAAAUCGAUAUCUCUUUUGUCUAACAGAGACUCUGAAGUUGGCGUUAUGAUCAAGACAGGUCUUCCGGUGUCAUUAGUCAAGUGUCUGUACCUGUUUGUAGCUUUGCCUCCCCGAAAAGAGAGCUUUGUCUUUCGCAAUGAUGUUGAAGAGGAAGUCAAAUGCUCUUUUCAGGACACUCUUACUCAGGUGAUCUUGCAGCUGUGCAGGCAUGUGCGUUUCGUGGAGGUUCUGCUGGAGACCCAGGAGCUUUCAAGCGUGAUCAUCUCUCUCACCUUACUUUGGGAUCAGUGCAGCCCCUCAUGGAGACAGCAGGCGUCUCGUGUGCUCAGAGCAGUGUCUGCUGCACAAGCUCACAACACUGUACCUGCACUGCAAGCUAGUAACUGCAUGAAGAUCUGCAUCCAGAACAUGCAUAAGAUCAGCGAGAACGUCCCUGGUCAUGUUCUGUCUGAGGUGGCCGUGAGUGUUUUCAGCUUUGUGAAGGACUCUUAUGCCAUCAGUCCUGCUCUUUUUGAAGAAUUCGAGAACAAUGACGGCUAUGACAUCUUUCAGGCCAUCUUGUUACGCUGUGAGGAGGAAGUGACAGAGGAGCACUUCUUAGCCAUUCAAGACCUUCUAGGCCUCAUUGCGUCAUUUACGCUUUUUGGCAAGGCUGAGCUGAAGGUCACCAUGUGUGUAAACAACCCCCAACCACCAGGCUUCAGGUUCGACCCAACCCUUACUAACGGUUCGCCAGUGAUGAACCUCACAGCCUUCAAAAUCAUCCAGUCCUCCUUCUUGCGGUCAGGCAACACGGUGAUCUGCAGCCAAAUCCUGCGCACCAUCCAGAUGAUCUGGUCUUGGGAAAAGGCUAACUUCUUCCUGCUGGAGUGGUCUCUGCAGUCUCUGGCUCAGCUGGCGGAGUGUGUGUGGCAGAAAUCGCCACCUGUUCACCUCAUUUUCUUCGAACUGCUUGAGACCGUCAUCCUCCAGCUCUCCUACAUCCCACACGAGACAAUUAGAAAGGUCAAAGCUGUAUUGAAGCAGGGUUGUUCGGAGGCCUUCAACAUCGCAGCUCUGGACUGCUUCUACAGGCUCAUCAUGCACAGUGGAUUGCUGUCUGACGUCCUGAGUGAUGGAGGACUGAUGGAACAACUGAUGUUUGAGCUUAAACGAAGGGCAAAGAUAAUCAGAAAGGCUGGUGUUGCUGUGAAUGAAGUUGAGGAGAAGGCUGACAGCUAUGAGAGGAAGUUGACCACCAACAUUUUAAAUGUGGUUGCAGCCCUGGCCUUCCAGUCAGUCAGAAACACUGUGUUUAUCAGGGACUUAGGGAUGAUUCCCUAUGUGAAGAUCUUUCUGGAUGUUGAACAGUUCCGCAGUCCUGCUCUGUGCAUCCUGGAGCAGCUUUCGGAGGUCAAUCCCGAGGAAUACAUGAGCACCGCCAUCGGAGCCCUCUGCUCCUCCACUGAGAGCGAGAUCAGACUCAAACAAGAUCUCUUACAGUCUAUCAUGAAAGUUCUGGAAAACCCAAACUGUUGGAACGCCUUCCGCACUUCUGGAGGCUUUACUGGCCUGCUCUCCAUAGUCGUGGACAUGGAAGGAUCUCUGAUGGAGGCACCAAAGGGACCGUGGGCCUCAUUGAGCCGCCACAGCCUUGUUGAGCUGCUGCUCCUCAUCCUACACACCUUCGCCCUUGCUGUGCACGUGCACCCCGUCAACGCCCACUUUUUCCACAUGACCGGAUUCUGUGAGAAGCUGGGUGAUGCCCUGCUACAGCUGGGCUGUUUCCAGAGAGGGGUCCCUGUGGAAACAGACAAAGAAAGUUCAGACUGCAGGAUUUUCCAACAAUUUGUGGAGGCGGCGGAGAGGCCAGAACCUCAGUUGCCACCACCUUUAGGAGACUGUGUUAAACUGCUGGGAUUCCUGGAGCAAUUUGCUACCGGCGUGAGCUUGGCUGCAGAUCCAUGCUCAGGAUUACAGGAUAAUAAUGAAGCUGGUGAGAGUCAGAGGACAGGGGACCCAUCCAAUGAGGAUGAGGCGUUAAAUCACACUAGGGCCGCAAGUGUCUCAUUUGAGUCAACAGAUUCUGGGAGGGCUUACUAUGACCUCACCAUUCUUCAUCCUGGAGCUGUUAAGCUGAUUAUGAUUCUUCUGCCUAGUAUUUACUGUCCCAGUGACCCUUGUCUGUCUGAAGAGCUGCAGCUGGCUGUGGCUCAUCACGUGCAGACUCUGGUGAAGUCAGAAAGAAACAGGCAGAUCAUGUGCGAGUUUGGUCUGCUGUCCACAUUGCUGACUCACUGCAAACAUAUUCUCAUCGACAAUUCCCAUUCGCUGCACCUGCCCAUAGUACGGAUCCUUGAGAAACUCGCAUCUCAGUCCAUGGAUCACAAGUGCCUCAGGCGGUUCCUGUGUCUUGGGGAUCCUCUGAUGUGCACUGGAGAAAAUCGUCUUGCUGUCUCUGGUGAAGAGGCCAGCAACACAAACCAGACAGAAGACUCUGAAGAGGAUAACAGGAAAUCCUUAAAAAAGGCAUUGAAAAGAAGUUUCAGUCUACUGAAAACAUCUUCAGACAGUGGGACGGUAGUUCCUCUUCAUAGAAUCAUAAGUCUUGUCUCUAUCACAUCGCCACGGAGCUUUCAGCCACACAAAGUAUCCAUUUCCCCUUCCUUUGUGGAGUUUGACAUGACAGACAGUGGCUAUGGAUGUCUGUUUCUGCCAUCCCUUGCCACAGUAAAAGGUGUCAGUGCAGAUUUUAUCUCUACAGGAGGCUUGGGCUCUGACUGCAGAGGCUUCCCUCCUUCAGCCGGCCUGUCUUUCUCCUGCUGGUUUAUGAUCUGUAGGUUCAGCUCAGCCUGUGAAUCCCACCCUGUGCGUCUGCUCACGGUAGUGCGCCACAUGUCUCGUGCUGAGCAGCAGUUCAGCUGCCUGUCUGUCAGUAUCUCUGCCACCGAUGGCUGCUUGGUGAUCUCCACUGAGGAGGAACCUUAUCAGUUCUUAGACAUGAUGGAGCCAGACGAGCAGACUCCCAGCGCGCUACCAUCCUCAGUACGGUUCAAAUGUACCAAACAGCUGAUACCAGGCCAAUGGCACCAUCUUUGUCUGGUUAUGGCCAAAGGAAUCAAGAAGAGCUGUUUAGCCACUGUUUAUCUGAAUGCAACAGCAAUUGGAACAGCAAAGAUCAAAUACAUUCAGCCGUUUCCUGGUCAGUCCAUAUCAAUGGAUCCCUCUGCAGUCAUUGACGUGUGUGGGAUUAUUGGCACUCCGUCUCUAUGGAAACAGCAUGCGGCUCUGGUCUGGCGGGUUGGUCCUACGUACUUCUUUGAAGAAGUUUUGAGUUCUGAUCAGGUGGAGACUAUUUAUGGGCAAGGCACCAAAUAUAUUGGCAACUACCUUGCUCUCAAUGCCCAAGGAGGUGAGACAGAUGUUGCAGUGUCCCAAAUUAGGAUGGUCUCCCCAGAGAGGAUUUCCUUUGCAAUAAACAUGGCAGUGUCUACCAUCACUACAGUAGUAAAUAUUAGAGACCAGUACAACGAGGUGGACUGUCGCCUUAUAGCCAAAGAGAUGGGCAUCACAUCACGUGAUAAUUGUACUCCUGUCUUCCUGGCUCAUAACAUCAGUCAGCACCUUAAUGGAACUGCUCGGACAAUUGGGGCUGCCCUGGUUGGUUGUUUUGGUGUAAGGACGUUCAAGUCAUACAGUGCUGCAAGUAGCUUCCAGUUCAUUGGUGGACCUGCAGCCAUUCUGAGUUUGGUGGCAAUGGCCUCCGAUGACAGCUCCUUGUAUGCUGCUGUCAAAGUUCUGCUCUCUGUUUUAGAGACAAAUCCUGUGAUGGAGCAGGAGAUGAAACGAACUAAUGGCUAUAAGCUCUUGUCCUUCCUGCUGAAGAUGAAGUCUCAGCUGAUCAGCAGCAGGAUUUUCCAGCUUAUUAUGGCCAUAGUGGGCACAAUGGAGCUGGGCAUUGUCGCUGUUCACAUUCCAAACAUCACUGCCUUCCAGGACAUUCUCUGUGACUUUGAGGUGUGGCAGAAUGCUCCAGAAAAUCUUGAUGUUUGUGUUUUAAAUCAUUUUGUUGAUAUCCUGAAGUCAUCAAGUGGGAGUCAACAGAAUGCUGAAGUCAUGCAUAGACUCAACAUGAUGAGCAAACUCCUGAUCCUGCUGCAUGAUACCAGUGUGACCCGUAGGAAGGUGUCAGUCAUCUGCACCAUCAUCAAAUCCCUCCUUGAGGAACAUUUCAACACCACAGACAUCAAGAGGCUUGGACUCUUCUUAGUUCAUAGUCUUUUGCCUCCAACUUUGAACGAGAAAAGCACUUUCUCCGAUUUGGAUUUUGAUGAUCAAUCACAAGGCUGGAGUCAGACUCCUGGGAGGUCAGUUUGGAUCAGGAAUCAGUUGGUCUCUAUGCUGUUUUCUCUAAUCAUCUCAAACACUUCAAGCAUUAACCGGGAAGAGGUAUUCUUCGCAUUGGGAUCCGAUUGGUUCCUCCUGUUCUUACAGGGCCACAUCCACACCAGUACAGUGCUGCUGGUGCUCACACUGCUUACUCACUUCCUAUCAUAUCCCAACAUUCUGGCCAAGUUCAGAGAGGGUGUUUCACCAGGAACAUUAGUGGAGACCAUGGAUAUUCCCACCAAUAUCACAGAUAAUUUGAAGUCUCGCUCAUGGUCGUUUGAAUGUUUGAGCUGUAUCUGCCCGGGGUUUGAAGUUCUGCAGAAGCUUCUUGUCAACCACAUCCACCUGCCUCAAGUUUAUGGAGCUAUAGGUGCACUGCUUAUAGGAAAAUCUGAUUUCCAGGUUCCUGCUGGGCAGGUGGAUGUUGACAUGAUGCUUCAGAGUUUGAUUGACAGCUGCAGUGUUGGAUCUGAGGGCAUUCAACUAUGUGCAGAUGCUGCUUGUGUUCUUUUAGAGUUGGUUAAAGUUAUCAUUACUAAGCAUGUAACAGGAAGUGCAGAUGGCUGGGAAGUUCAUUACCCGGGUAGUGUGAUCCAGUUUCUCUGCCUGGUGAACAGUUUGUUUCCUCAAGAUCCUCUCUGGACCUCCCCUGAUUUCCUUAGUUCACUGGCCAGUGCUGUUUUCCCCAUUGAAACCCCAGAGAGCUCUACAGGUGUCCAGGGUAUCAAGGAAAGUGGCGAAGUAGUGGGGCAGCCCCCCUUGCUCUGUCCCUCCCACCCAGGCAGGAAGCAGGUGUGUGACUUCAUCCGCAUCCUCUUGAUGGACAGCCUCAUUAACAUUCCUGUCAAAGAUGGUAUUCAUCCUUUAAUACAACUGCUAGAGUUUUCCCCAGAUGGUGUCUGUCUAGAGCAAAGGCAGAGCUUUCAGACUGAACUCCUGGAGUUUGUGAUGGACAUCAUCCACAUGACAGGACAGGAAGAGGGCCAGUCUACUCACGUGACCAGAGAUGAUCCAUCCAGGACCAAGCAGGGAGGAAAAACUGCUGUUUUGGUUGAGAAUGUGGCAUUCUUCAGUAAAAUGCUAGUGGAAAAACUCUACUCUGGAAUGUUUGUGGUGGAGCCAGAGAACCUCUUGGUCUUCAUGGCUGAACAGAUAGCAGUGGCACUGGAGAGAGGUCAUGGUCAUCGGGAAAUAACGGUUGGCGUUCUGUACAAAAACUUGAACCGAGCCGUGCUUUACUUCCUGUCUCGACCCAGACAGACUCCAGCUGAGCAGGAACUCAUUAUUCAAACAAUUUGCGUGUUACAGCAACACUGGGAUGUGAUCAUGGCAAAAUACAAUGCCAAUGUCCACUUCAUCAGCUGUCUCAUGCACUGCCUCGUCCUUAUCCGCUCUGGCAGCUUUCUUGAAGGGUUUGGCUGUGAAGUCCAUAAAAAACCCACAAGAAACAUCUGGAGGCAUAUUCUUCCACACAAGAACAGCCAGGUGAUGUCGCAGACCAAGGUCACAGAUUCAGCAGAAGUGGAGUCAGAGCUGAUGCUGCUUGUGGAAAGCACCUGGAAUAGAGUCAUGCGGGAGCGAAGACAGGCACUAGAGGAGGCCUAUAAAAUCGACCUGUCUGCUAAGCCGGGCAGCAAGGAGGGCCAGGUUUCUAUGGGUGAUGUGAGCCCUCUGUGGGAGGAGACGGCCAUGAAAGCUUGGCAGCUCUUUAUAGACUCUCAGAAGAAAAAAGCAAAUAAUGGUCACCAGAAGAGGGCAGGACUUCUCAGCAGUGCAUUGCAAUCUGUGCAGAAGAGGUUUGGGAAGGAUACAGUCGGCACUCCUGAGGGGUUCAUCUUGGACAUGGAAGCACACUGGCAAACUUGUGAGACCAUAUUUGACAGCAUGUUGAGGAGUCACGCACAGAUGAUGCAUAGUGAGAAGGAUCGUAUGGCCAUUCAGUGGCUAAGAAUAGAGGAAGACUUGCUUAGAGAGAGGGGUCUCUUCGGCCCUGGUCCAGGAGUCUUCCUCAAAAGAGGCUGGGUGCAGAACACUGCAGAGGGGCGCAACCGAACACGAUCCCGAAUUCGCAGAAAGCAGCUACGUCGAUCCAAAAGGAUACCAACACUGACUUCAGGCCUCAUUCAGAAGCAUUUUGUUGAAGAAAGCAAAAGAGCUGCAGAAGUUAUUGAGGCUGAUUCAGAUCCCAGGAUCCUGUGCGAGGCAAGCCGGGAGGUUGAGGAGGAGCACGGUUUAGACUGUCAGCAUUUGACCUUUUUCCCUAUCUUGAAUGAGGCCUCACCUCUGUCCGAGGAUUUCUCAGAGCAGUGCAUGGAUACUCAACUCAUACUGAAGGAGCUGGAACCCACCGAAGAGGUCAAAGCCAAACACUGCGUGGUGGUCGUCAGUGGUCACGUGCUGACCGAAGGAGUGUUGUUGUUUGGCAAAGCUGACCUCUACCUAUGCGAGGGCUUCACGUUGACCUCCACAGGAGAUGUGUGCUGUAGAAUUCAUCAUCAGACCAAUGUGAGAGACUCAUAUAUUUGCAACAUGAUGAAUAAAGAGAAAAACUUAGUGAGUCCAAACUGCAAACGCUGGUCAUAUGAUGACAUCAAAGAGGCCAAUUUCAUGCGCUUUCUGCUUGAGGACAAUGCUCUGGAGAUAUUCUUAAAUAACGGAACUUCAGUUUUCCUGGUAUUCUUCAACAAUGACCACGUUAAUGCAUAUAAAAGGCUGUGCUCCGUGGUCUCCUCAUUAAAGGGAAGGGGGGAGACUGUACUUAAUGUGAGAAAGAUAGCAGCGGUUGAGAAGACUGCCCUAAUUAAAUGGCAGAGAGGAGAAAUCAGUAACUUUGAAUACCUUAUGCAUCUAAACACGCUUGCUGGACGGACAUACAAUGACUUGAUGCAAUAUCCUGUUUUUCCAUGGGUCAUUGCUGAUUAUGAAUCAGAGACUCUGGAUCUGUCCUGCCCUGCUACAUUCAGAGAUCUGUCCAAACCAAUGGGAGCUCAAAAUGACAAGAGAAAAGAGAAGUUCAUUCAGAGAUACAAUGAGGUGGAAAAUAAUGAUGGUGAUCUGUCAGCUCAGUGUCAUUACUGCACACACUAUUCCUCAGCCAUCAUAGUGGCCUCGUACCUGGUGAGGAUGGAGCCUUUCUCCCAGACCUUCCUCCACCUGCAGGGCGGAACAUUUGACGUUCCAGAGCGGAUGUUUCACAGCAUUCAGAACGAGUGGGAAUCUGCAUCUAAGGACAACAUGAGUGAUGUCAGAGAGCUCAUUCCAGAAUUUUUCUACCUCCCAGACUUUCUUGUCAACUCCAACCAGUUUGACUUUGGUUGCAUGCAGGAUGGAACAACAUUAGAUGAUGUGGUUUUGCCCCCAUGGGCCAAAGGAGACCCACAGGAGUUCAUCAGAGUACACAGAGAGGCUCUUGAGAGCGAUUACGUGAGUGCAUGCCUGCAUCUUUGGAUUGAUCUGAUCUUCGGAUACAAACAGCAGGGUCCGCCCGCAGUGGAGGCCCUAAACACCUUUCACCCAUAUUUCUACACUGACAAACACGACAGAGCGACCAUGAAGGAUCCUAUCAUGAAAAGCACCGUGCUUGGCUACAUCAGUAACUUUGGCCAAAUGCCGAAGCAGCUCUUCACCAAACCACACCCUAGCCGUAUACCUCACAAGGCUUCUUUUGGGAAAGAGACAUCGGUAUCCAGUCAGAUAACCCCCUUUUUCUUUAAACUGGACAAGCUCAAGCCCUCCACCCAGGCUAUUAAAGAGCUCACACUGGGGCCUGUUGGUCAAAUAGUGUGUAGAGAGAAAGAUGUAUUGUUCGUGGAAAAAAACAAACUUCUCAUCCCACCACAGUGGAACACAUACUUCAGCUGGGGCUCUUAUGACCAGACCUGCUCUUUUGGGAGCUACACAACUGAAAAGAGCUUUGCAGUGUGUGAGAGCGUGUCGGACUGGGGAGAUGCUGUAUGUGCUGCCUGUCCCAACAACAGCACCAUCAUCACAGCCGGGACCAGCACUGUUGUCUGUGUGUGGGACAUCUCCAUCAGCAAGGACAAACUUAAACACAUGAGACUCAAACAGACCUUGUAUGGACACACAGACACAGUGACGUGUCUGGUAGCAUCAGAAGCACAUAGUGUGAUUAUUAGUGGCUCUGUGGACCAGACCUGCAUCCUGUGGGACCUGGAGGAUCUCAGCUACAUCACACAGUUACCAGAACAUUCCUCUGCCGUGUCUGCCCUUGCUAUUAAUGACCUGACCGGUGAGAUUGUGUCAUGCGCAGAGACCCAUUUGUACCUGUGGACUAUGAAAGGGCAGCUACUGGCCUCUUUAAACACUUCCUGCUGGCCUGAAGGAAAGAUUCUGUGCUGCUGUUUCACACAGAAGUAUGAGUGGGACCCCCGCAACGUGAUCAUCACCGGCUGCGCCGACGGCAUCGUCCGGAUAUGGAAGACUGAAUAUAGUAGAGUACAAUUACCUGGACAUGAGGAGUGCUCUGUGUCUCAAGGGCAUGUUUUGUCAUCAGCUCCUGAGGAAGCAGACAGCAGCUCAUGGAAGUGGAAAAGACACCUGGUGCUCUGUCAAGAGUUAAACCGCAAUCAGACCGUCUCUCGUCGACGCUGCAAAAACAACCCUGCGAUUACGGCUCUGGGCAUAUCAAGAACGCAUGGCACACUGCUGGUCGGUGAUGCCUGGGGCAGGGUGUACAGCUGGUCCUGAGAGAGCUAGGAUCAAUCAAUCAUCCGUCAGUCAGCAUUAAAGUCGGCUGUAACUGCAGCUGAAUGCAGCCACAUGCCAGUAGAGAGUCCAGCUUAAGUGCUGCCUACGUAUGCACUUUGCUCCCACCACUUCCAGCAGGACUGCUGACUUCAGGAGACCCACUCUGGGUCUGGUGAAUUACAGGGAUGACGCAUUCUUUCUUGGACUGGGUGAGGCUCGCUGGCCAGGGCCGGAAACACAACACUGCUUAUUUAAGAAAUGAAAGAUGAUGCCAUUUUAAAAAAAUAAAGUAGGCCCAUUUGGUGGAUCGGUUUUAUUGUAUAGUAGCUUUCUUUCUCUCACUGGACUCUCAGAAAGCCAAAGUAAUGUUUAUUUUAUAAACACCGGUAUGCUGGAGUUUCAAAGCCAUUCGCUUGUGUGCCAUUUCAUAUUUUUGUUUUUAAACAACACCAGUGGACAUACUGAAUGGUGUAUUUUAUAAAGCAGCAGGGCUCUGUUUACUAGUUUUAUGCUGGAAGAUUAUUUUAUACAGUUUAUACUGUAUAUCAAGAUGAUUUUAUUAGUUAAAUUCAACAAUCUGUAAUUAAAUCAAAGUUAAAUUGCUUACUCA